CUCAUUUUCAUAUAUAAAAUAUAUAGCAUGCCUGUAAAAAAUUCACAGAAAUUGAAUUUUAUUAUAAAUGUUUCUUUAAACAUAAUUAGUUAUUAUUUAUUGUAGAAGAAUGCCUUUUUAUUAAUUCAAUUGUAUAAUUGAUAAUUAUUCACUGAUAAUCAAUCAAAUAGAUUAUUUGUUAUUUAUUAAAAGCCAUAGAAUAAGUUCUAACAUCAAAUAAAUUUUAGAUCAGAAGUAAGCAAAAUCAUUAUUUUAAUAUUGAUGGCGUUGAAAAAAUCAAAUUCAAAUGAAGUGCAGCAUAAAAGAACAGAAUAAUUCUAUGGUCUUGAUAGUUCUACUCAUAUUAAAUUUGUCAUAACUGGGACCGUAGUUUAAUCGACUUGGAUUAUUACAUUCGAGUUGGAGGUUUUUUCUUUUGAAGGAUACUAUCGAACAAAGUAUUGUCUAUUUUUAUUUAAUCUGAAAUCCAUAUUCCAAAAAUAGUGAGAAUUACAUGAAACAACUGGCAUACAUGUAUAACUAAAUUAUGAUUCUGUAUCAUAGUAUAACAUCCACUGAUGUAAAUUAAGUAUAAAAACAAAAAUGAGUUAUGACCUAGAGUUAGACAACACAUCAGAUGCAAUGAGCUCACAUUUGGUACUGCACAAUAUGGUGGCAACUCAUCAGCCAAGGUCUGAUUCCAAACACUACAUGCGGUCAAUGGAACGCUAUCUUGAUGAGAGUGAUGAUCACGAGCUCAACAUACAAGACUCUCAUGGUCGCACAGCUCUUCAUGUAGCUGUUCAAUAUGGAAACGUUGAAGCUAUUGCCGGUCUCCUAAUGUGCGGAGCCGAUGUAAAUGUGGCUGAUAAACAGGGUAAAACGCCGUUCACCUACUGUCUGGAAACAUUUGAUCAGCGCAAGUACCAAUCAAACCACAUGUUUUACAUUUUUCUUGGUCAUGUGCACAAGCUCAUCGAACUGAAUCUCUACGUCAACGAGGAGAACCGCCAGUGUUAUUCGAAAGCUCGCACCCGACAUGUAUUUAAUGACAAGCAGCUUCGAAUAAGUUACGCUGUAGAACUGGAUAAAAUGGAAGAUGUGAGAGUGAGCAAUAAUACAACCUUAAGGAAGGUUUUGUACGAGGGUGCCGAACAACUGUCCACCUCGACGCUAAAGAGACAAAUGCUUGAGGAGAUCGUUACCGCUAGUGACUUUUACCGUGAGUUUCCGAAACUCUGUUGUCUGAUCAAGUUACAGUACAGGCGGGGUAUUACUAGAAGAAAGCAGAUGCAGCCUCUGAAAUAUGCAUUACGGAUAUUGCUGGGUUUGAGUAUGCCAGAUCCGUGUACCGAACCCAUUAUUAGCUAUCUAACUGACAACGAUCUUCUCAACUUACUAAAAGCUGUAGACUAUGAUUGCUAAUGACAACGACGUUAUUACAUUAUCAUUACGGAACGUAUAAUGAUUUUUAAAAUAUUGUUUUUAUAAAUAGAGAUUGUUUCUAACGAGUGCUUGUUUAUUUUUUAUUUCUUUUUUAAGUUGUUUUAAUUCUAAUUGUUAGGCUGUUUUAGUCAACGAAAUUUUAUUCAAUAGCCUAUUUUUUAUUAUUUUCUUUUGUAACCACAAAAUAAUGUUUAUUUAAAACAUUAGA